AUGGGGAACAAAGGAAGUAAGGUGCCGGCGAAAGGCCCCGGCGCGCGAGACAAGGCGAGUACCGCCAAACGGAAGCAGCACAUGAGCAAGAAUCAAGCGCUGAAGAAUGCCAGUAGACAGGUAAGUUGGCUAAUCCGGAAAAUCAAUGUCAUUUACUAGCUGUUUCAAGUUUAAAGCCGAUUUUUUUCAGCUCAGUUGCAUGUCCCGAGACAAGCGCACCAAACGCGAAAAGGAGAUGAAAGAGGAUGAGAGGGCCGGCGAUGCGGAGAAGGGCCAUGAACUCGCCGAACACUUGCGCCAAAUCACCCCAUUCAACGGUCGCUGGUCCGUCUCCAAGACCAUUAACGAGGGUACUUACGGUGUUGUUUUUGACGCAUUCGAUGAGAAAACCAAGGUCCAGGGAGUCAUCAAAGUGGCCAAGUCAAUGUCCGCUGGCAAUCAGACCACCGAAUGGGAGAGUUUUCUGUUGGAGAGAAUCUUUAGAGAGGUAAGGGGAUGUUUUAUAGUGGAGUCGAUUUUUUUCUGAAUUUUUGCAAAUUUUUGUUUGUUGUGAUGCACUGUGCAAAAAAUGCAAAAUCUUUUUUUUUUCCAUACCGCACUGUGCGAAAAAAGUUUUCUUCGAUUUUGCAGGCAGUAAAUUUUUUUUAAAACCUUUUCGGAAAGUCGCUGGAGCGAUUUCGGCGACAUGCACGAUGCAAAAAAAAGUCAGGGUGCGAGCGACAGCCGAAAAAAAGCCGAUUGCACGGUGCGAAAGACACGAAUUUGCACAGUGCAAAGUGAAAAUUUGUUUUCGCACGGUGCAUGUCGCGAAAAUCACUCCAGCGACCUUGCGAACGGAUGAAGUACCGCACUGCGCGAAUUUUUUUACUUCAUUUCGCACUGUGCAAAAGAUUUUUUUCUCCAGCUUGCACCGUGCAAAGGAAGUUUUAAAGCGCACUGUGCAAAAAACUGCGCACUGUGCAAAAAUUUUUUUAUCAAGCUUGCACUGUGCAACAAAAUAAUGUUGUCAGAAUCCGGCUAAUGUAAGCUUUUUGUGCACGGCAAAAAACGUAAUUUUUGUCUUCCGCACAACACUUUUAGCGACUCAAUUUAGUAUGAAUUUUACUGCUUGAUAAAAAAAAAUUACUGUUUUUUUCCAAUUUCAGGACAAUGAUGCGUCUAUCGCUAGAAUUCUGGACCGGGGAAUGUUGGCGGAUCAGGACGGAAAUGGAAUGGAGUUUGUGGUAUUGGAAAAGGCGCAAAUCUUGAUCAGAGAGUGGUUGGACUCAGCCGUAAACAAGCAGUUGGUGGUGCUGGAUGUGAGUUUUUUUGGAACGGAUGGCUUUUAAAUAUGUAAAAAUAUUGAAAAUUUAGUAACUUCAUUUCAAAAAUUGAUCCUGAAGAUUUUAAUGCGAAAAAAUAUAUAUUUUUUUUUGGCAGAUGUUGAUCCAGAAAUCAUGAUGAUUUUUACAAAAUGCGAGCUAAAUAUUUUAGAUGCCUUAGAAAAUCGUAGGCUACAUUUUGUAACAAGUUUCAUCGAAUGGCCACACUUACAGUCCCGGACCUGAUCCAGUGACAGAAAACAUGGCAUUUUGCAUCCGGGAAGUAUCAAAAAUGUCGCAAAAUACCUCCCUCUCCAAGUGAAAAAGAUCUCCGAUUUCAACAGCACGCCCUUCAAAACGAAGUCAUUUUAGUUGGAAAGGGAGGCAUUUUGCUACAUUUUCGAUACUUCCCGGCUGCAAAAUGGCACGCUUUUUGCCACUGGAUCAGGUCCGCCACUGUGAACGGCAAUUUUCUGGAUUUUUUGGGCGAAAUUGCGGCUAUAUUCGGCCGUUCUUCAAAAAUUUAAAAAAAAAUCCGUCAUGAUGACAUGUUUUAUUUUGGUCUUUUGAUUGACAAAAUAUUUUUUUCGAGUGAUUAUAGGCGAUUUUGAGAUCUUUUUGGGGAAUUUUUGCGUUUUUCGAUGACCAUUUUCAGCCAGAUCCACGAUUUUAAUUUAUUUUUUUUAACUAUUUUCAAUCCAAAAUCUGGCCUAGAACCAUAUAAAAAGCCAAGAUUUUUUCAGCCUGUACUUUCAUUUCAGGUUGCCAUCCAAAUGCUGAAAGGCAUCGCGGACUUGCACUAUCUCGGCCUCUUGCAUCGUGAUUUGAAGCCGGACAAUAUGGGAAUUUACUCGAAGGAGACGCCCGUCUGUCUUCUGUUUGACCUGGGCAUGGCGCGCAUGUACACGGACGGAGUGGGCGGGAAUCGCGCACCCCGCACGGUGGUCCCGUUCCGUGGGACCCCGGAAUGGGCGAGUGGUCAUGCGGCGAAGGGAAGAGAGCAGUCGCGAUUUGACGACUUGAUCGCUUGGCUCUAUGUGACUGUGGAGUUGAUGGACCCGAACUCGGAGACCAACCAGCCGUUGCCUUGGACUUAUCGAUUCCAGCAAAAGGUGAGGAUUUGUUGGGUAUGCGGUGACAGGCCUGAUCCAGUGGCAGAAAACGUGCCGUUUUGCAUCCGGGAAGUAUUAAAAAUGUAGCAAAAUACUUCCAUUUCCAAGUGAAAAGACUCCGAUUUCAAAAGCGCCCUUCAAAAUGGAAUUUUUUUAGUUGAAGAUGGAGACAUUUUGCUACAUUUUUUGAUGCUUCCGGGGUGCGAAAUAGUACGUUUUUUGCCACCGGAUCAGGUCCGCCACUGAACACGGCAACUUUAUAGAUUUUUUGGACGAAAUUGGGCUUACGUUAGUAUAUAUUGGAUAAGUCUUCAAAAUUUCUAAAAACUCCGUCACGGUGACUUUUUUUUAAAUUUUUUGCUUGACGAAAAAAAAGUUUUUUCAGUGGUUAUACGCGAUUUUGAGAUGGUUUUUCUGGCAAAUUUUGCUUUUUUCAUUGACCAUUUUCAGCCAGUAGCCAUCUUGAAGAGCAAUUACGCCCCAGCCCGUCUGCUCCUCCGCUAUUGCCCAUUGCCAUUCUACGCCAUCUAUUCGUAUCUGAUGUCGGCCAACCGUCUGAAGCCGCCAGAUUACGCGUUCAUCGCGGACCGAAUCGUCGAAUCCAAGCAGAUUGUGAAGGAUAAGCCGCCACCCCCGCCUCGGUUCCCGACUGCGGCUGCGGUGAAAACGGAGGUGCCCCAGGCUUAA